CACACCCAGCUCUGCAGGGACAGCUCUGUGCCCCAAACCCACAGCAGAGCUGCUCCAGACCCAGCCUGCAGCCAGGGGCUCCUGGAGGUGGUGUCCCCCUCUCUGGGGACACACACAGCAGGACAUUGUGGGUGACCACAAGGAAGCCCUCACACAGCUCCAAGCCCCGACUGGAAAUGCCAAUCUCACCAUUUCCUCCCUGAACUCCAGCACCCAGGAAAAGCAAGUACAAAAGCCACCGUUUGGGAGGAGAAAAUAGAUUUUCUAGUUUCAUAACCGCACGCUGUCAAGCUGGAUUCCAAUUCAAUUUUUCCUGUGCCCUAACGCAAGCUUUGCUUUUUCCAGAAUUUUCUCCUGGCUUGAAGUGCUCGCUCCUGUGCUCUGCUCCCGAGCUGUACUUCCUGACACUCCAGCUCCAGCUCCAGCACUGCUCUCUGCACUUCUGCAGGGACCACAGUCGCACACAGCUGGCACAGGAGCUCUGAGCUGCCCAAUCCCUCUCUCACCUCCACAAAGCCGGUGCUGACCAGCAUCCUCUAUUCAAACUCUGCGCAUUUUGCCUCUAAAAGUUCCUUUCAGGCAGGGAGAUUGAGCAGAGAAGUGGGAGCAGGCAGCACUCAGGCUCUUCCACCCGCGGCUCUGCGCUGCUGUUAACCCCAGCCGAGCAGAGGCGGCGCAGAUGUGGGGGGAGCAGGGUGCUCCAGUCCCUCCUGCUCCUUCUGCCGCUGGAUUUUUCCCCUCUAUCAGUGGUCUUUAACACGAUCACAACAUGCAGCACAAUGCUUUAAAACAGCAAAGCUUCUGGAAAACCCAAACAAAAGGAACGUCACCCGGUGACGUCAGCCUAUAUAGAGCCCUGUGUGGUCGCAGCGCAUAAGCAAACCCAUUCUUGUGCCGCUUCCCUGAAAAGCUUUUCAGUAAAUGCACUCAUGCUACUACAGGAGCUUCUCUCAGCAAUAAGCCACCCAUCUGCCAUCAACAAGUUAGGACUAAAGGAAGCCACAGCUGCGGAAAAGGAAAACGUGAGCUUCAAUUAACCAGCUGAGCAGCCACGGAGGACGAAAACUUGUCUUAAGAUUUAAAAAUUGCAGACCUGUCAGAGGAGAUCAAGGCAGCGAUUUCAAAAGGAAUAUUCCAAGAGAACAUCGUGGAUUUUGCACUAAUAUCAAAGGACACUAAACCCGGUCAAUUAUUCAAGGCUGUCUUACAUUAGAGCCUUUCACAGACUCACGGCGUUGAGUCUCAAACUACGACUGAAUGCACCCUCCAAUGUACUCAAAAGAAUGGGCUUACAUUUCAAGUGGCCAUUAGGGGCUCGUAUGCUGGCAGCACUAUAUGCAAUGAGUAUGGUUUUAAAAAUGCUGCCUGCCUUGGGCAUGGCUUGUCCACCAAAAUGUCGCUGUGAGAAGCUGCUCUUUUACUGUGACUCUCAGGGGUUUCACUCAGUGCCAAACACCACUGAAAAGGGCUCGCUAGGUUUGUCACUGAGGCACAAUUAUAUUUCUGAACUUGAAAGGGAUCAAUUUGCAAGCUUCAGUCAACUUACUUGGCUUCACUUAGAUCAUAAUCAAAUUGCAACAGUCAGAGAAGAUUCUUUUCAAGGACUGUAUAAACUUAAGGAAUUAGUCUUAAGUUCCAACAAAAUCUUUCAUUUGCCAAACACAACUUUUAGCCAGCUGCUUAACCUGCAGAAUUUGGACCUCUCUUUUAAUCAGUUAUCCUCUCUGCACCCCGAGCUCUUCUACGGCCUUCGCAAGCUACAGACCUUGCACUUGCGAUCCAACUCCCUGCGGACCAUCCCGGUCCGCCUGUUCUGGGACUGCCGUAGCCUGGAAUUCCUGGAUUUGAGCACAAACCGCCUGCGAAGUUUGGCUCGCAAUGGAUUUGCGGGAUUAAUCAAGCUGAGGGAGCUUCACCUAGAGCACAACCAGCUGACAAAGAUUAAUUUUGCUCAUUUCCUCCGGCUGAGCAGCCUGCACACGCUCUUCUUGCAGUGGAACAAAAUCAGCAACUUGACAUGUGGGAUGGAGUGGACCUGGGGCACCUUAGCAAAGCUCGAUUUGACUGGAAAUGAAAUCAAAGCCAUCGACCUCACCGUCUUUGAAACUAUGCCUAACCUUAAAACCCUCCUCAUGGAUAACAACAAGCUCACCACUCUGGAUUCCAAGAUCCUGAGCUCGCUGACAUCCCUCACCACCGUGGGCCUCUCCGGCAAUCUGUGGGAAUGCAGCUCAAAGAUCUGCGCCUUGGCCACAUGGUUGAGUGGCUUCCAAGGUCGGUGGGAGCACUCCAUCCUCUGCCACAGCCCCGACCACACCCAGGGAGAGGAUAUUCUGGAUGCAGUGUAUGGUUUUCAGCUUUGCUGGAAUUUAUCGACUGUGGUUACCCCCGUGGCUACGACGUCGUACACGGCUCCAACUACCGAGUACACGAAAAGAAUCAGCUCCUCUCAUUUCCAUGUGGGAGACAAAGAGAUUCCAACUACGGCAGGCAUGGUCGUUACCACCGAAGAACAGUUCCCCGAGCCAAACAAUGCCAUCUUCACUCAGAGGGUAAUUACGGGAACAAUGGCUUUAUUGUUUUCUUUCUUUUUUAUCAUUUUUAUAGUGUUCAUCUCCAGGAAGUGCUGCCCUCCCACACUCAGAAGAAUUAGGCAGUGCUCAAUGAUUCAAAACCACAGGCAGCUCCGAUCCCAAACGCGGCUGCACAUGGCCAAUAUGUCAGACCAAGGACCCUAUAACGAGUACGAACCCACCCACGAAGGACCCUUCAUCAUCAUCAAUGGCUACGGACAGUGCAAGUGCCAGCAGCUGCCCUAUAAAGAAUGUGAAGUAUAAUACCUACAGCCUGUCACAAAGUAAAUCAGAUAAGUAACCUACUUUAAAAUUGUAGGGACCUACAUCAGAUUCUAAUUUUUACAAAUGUUGACAUAAAGCCUAAUUUUCCAAGCUACUUAAUGGAAACAUUGUUUAUGGAGUGGUGCAGUAUUUUUAAGUUUUUUAAAAAAUAAAUCCAUAAUAUUUUCAGUGUUAAAAAAGCAAUGAUUACAUUAAACUUGCACUCCUACUGUUUAAAAGUCUAAAGAGAUGCUCACCUCAAGCUAUGUAAAAUGUUUCAUGUUAUGUAAUUAUAUGACUGUGUGUAAACAUUUAUACCCGAGUCUCCAUAUUCUACUUUUUCUACUGCAAACAGUCCGAGGGAAGGAGGCUGGAAAUGCGUGCAGGGAUCUGUGGGGGACGUGCGCUCCGUUUGCUCCACUGCAGCUGGAGGAUCCCAAACACUGCAGCUGGCUCCGGGCACUUUAAGGGCAGCCAGGGAGGAAGGUUUCCUCCUCUGAGCAUUCCACUCCAGUAAGGGAAGGGAGGGAAAACAAAAGAAAGGGAAAAAAAAAAAAGCAUAAAGAGAAGCAAAGGUCCAGGUGGGAAUUUCAGUGUACUGGGGUGAAUUUAUUUGAAAUACAGUUUUGCUCUGUACGUGUUUGUGGCUUGGAUUGCUGAAAGGCACGGCAGGCACAGGAGGAGCAGGAUGGGCACACACACACAGAGCCCUGGGCAGGUUGGGCACACACACACACACAGAGCCCUGGGCAGGAUGGGCACAGACACACACACACACACACAGAGCCCUGGGCAGGAUGGGCACACACACACACAGACACACACACAGAGCCCUGGGCAGGAUGGGCACACACACACACACAGACACACACACAGCCCUGGGCAGGAUGGGCACACACACACACACAGAGCCCUGGGCAGGAUGGGCACACACACACACAGACACACACACAGAGCCCUGGGCAGGAUGGACACACACACACACAGACACACACACAGCCCUGGGCAGGAUGGACACAGACACACACAGACAGCUCCAGGCAGGAUGGGCACAGACACACACAGACACACAGACACACACACACACACACACACAGCCCUGGGCAGGAUGGACACACACACAGAGCCCCAGGCAGGAUGGGCACAGACACAAACACACACACACACACACACACACACACACACACACACACACACACAGAGCCCUGGGCAGGAUGGGCACACACACACACAGAGCCCUGGGCAGGAUGGGCACACACACACACAGAGCCCUGGGCAGGAUGGGCACACUCUCCCCCAGGAGUAGGAUGGGCACACACACACUUUCAGGAAGGAUGGGCACACACUCCCCAGGAGCAGGACAGCCCUCCAUGUGUCCCCAAACUGGCAGUGCAGCUUCUUUAGGGAGGCUCAGCACGCCAGGAUCGAUUGGAAAUAUUAAGUACAUUCAGUCCUCGGCUCCCUGAUUUCACUUGAUGAUGCUUUUCAUGAAUUCAGGCUAAUUACUUAAUGACGAUGAACAAACAGCAUUUCAACACCUUUUCAUGUGUAAAUACCCUUAAUGCAAGGUUCUCUUAAUUAAAAGCAAAUAUCAACAGCGAGGUUAAGGAGAAGAGGGAAGGGAGAAAGGAAGGAAGGAAGAAGCCUCUCUUUGUCCCCCUGCUGCCCCCCCAGCUGAGGCUUCCUCUCACUGGGAAGCUAUUUUCAUGCACUAACUCCACUGGUUUCUCUGGAGACAGAAUUAGCCCCUGUAAUAUAAGCUCUCACUUGUCCUCCUCUUCCAAAAUUCAAGAUAAAAAAAGACCCCUUCUGAUAAGUUAGGAGAAUAUGAUUAGUUUAUAGAAUAGUUCACUGAAAAAUGUUUUGUUUCUUACUCAAUAUGGGACAGAAUCUAAACUAGUAUGACUUUUUAAAAAAUCAUAUAAAAAUAUAUAUAUACACACACACCUCAUUCUAAGGGGUAAUUUGGUUUCUUUAGCCAGAAGUACCAUAUUGCUAUUUAUACUCUAUUAUGGAAUUAUAUGUAAAUAUUUGCAGAUCUAUGCAGUGAUGGUGGUACUCAGAUGCCACGAGGGUGGGGGGGUGGGGGGUCUGCAAAGGAUUACAUUAUUUUUAAGUCAACUGCUCAAAUAUUGUAAACAUUCUAACCAAAGCUAAAAGAUUCAGAGGGAUGGAGAAUUAUUUUAUAUAUAUAUACAUGUAUGUAUAACUAAAAAAUGUGUUGUGUCCAAUGCUGCAGUGUUAAACAAUUACCAGCACACUCCGAUGAAGAAACGAAAUUCCUCACAGUGUUGCCAUACCUUGACCAAAUCCAUAAUUACAGUAUGCUAAUUGUGAUGUACUAAACUAUCCUGCAAACUUUUUAAACAGGAAAACCACUGCAUAAAAAUCUGUUUGCUAUUUCACUCUGCUUUCCUCUCUGUAUUACCACUUAGUGAGGUAUUUAGGGUGCAAUUAUACAACAGUUUGAUGUUUUCUUGUGAGAUGAAUUUGUCCAAGGCAAUUAUAGCAAGAUAAGUAACUUCUGUUAAGAUUUUACAUAAAGGUUUUACAAUUGCUGGUUUUGAAGAUAUUAAUUUGCAUCAUUUUACUUUUACACACAGUGCCCUUAUUAUAAAACCAGGAUUUUGUUUACUUCCCUUGACUCUACUUUAAUGGAAGAGAUCCACUGAAGCCUAAUGGAUAUCCAUAGAGAUCUCUUUGAACUCUUGUUACUGUUAAUACUAAGAUGAAUCCAUUUACACCUGUUCUGGGAAAUUAAUUACUGCUUUUAACUGACUACAAAAAGAAUCUGCGGGGUAGGUGGACAAAGAGCAGAUAUUCUGGAUGAUUAAAUCCCACGUGAGACGAAGGCCAGAGCUAAGCUGAGAAAUACCAACCCAUACUGGUCCCCAGGGGUAUGCAGCUGACUGCAGGAAGAUUUGCUUUGCUCCUUCCCAUAACUGAGUGCUCACAGCUCUUCCAGGGUACUGCUCUAGGAGCAGGUGAGUGGGCACUGAGUGGGCACUGCUGUCCCUGCCCUGCACGGUACAGGUCAGCUCUGGGAGCCUGGGGAUGAUUUCACCUCCAGCACCAGGGUACCAGCACAACAAAGUGAUCACUGAGUCCUUAAUUAUCCUGGCAGCCAAAUCAUGUGGCUGUGCUGCCACCCCCAUCAGAUGUCACCACUGGCAGGUGACAGGAGGCAAUCCCACCCUGUCCUGCAGGAACCCUGGCUGUCACAGCUCGAGACCCUCAGUCUUCCACACAGGAACAAGUGGCUACUUGAUGAGGAGCCAAGGUUGCUCCAGAGGAGGAGCUUUCCCACCAGCCCAGCUCUGUCCCACUCCAUCUUUAUGAGCUCUUAAUUCCACCCAAGAAGAGCCAAUGCUGGAUUAAACCCUCCUCUCCAUCCCUGCCACUCACAGCCAUUUUCCAAGCAUUAAAGCUGCUCCAGUGCCUCUCCAAGCACCCAAGUUCUCCCUCCCAGCAGCACUCCCCGUUUCCAGUGGUCCUGCAGUGCUGGAUUGCAGACAGCAGAGCAGGAGGCUGGUGGGCACAGGACAGGGGGCACAGCUUGGCUGGCACAGCUCAGCACCGCUCCCCUUCCCUCUCUGUAUUCCUCACUAACCCACAGCCAAGCUCCCAAAGGCCCUGCUUUACCUCUGCUAUUUCCAAACCCAUUUGUUGCCAGGUUCCAGGCAUAAGCAAAGCAAUUCAGCAAACAUUACAUUUAGGGUAACAGGUAUCAUAAAACUCCCAGAAUGUCAAACAGUAGCAGGGAAGUCAACUUGAAUUCCCUGUGGAGGCAAGUGAGCACCAGGCAGAGCCAGCACUCUGCACAAGGACACGGCCACAGGCUGUUAAUAUUUUUUAUUUUAAAGUUACUGUCUUCCAUUGGCAAUUGCUUGUGACUCUUCCAGGCAAGGAGGGGAUAGGAAUAAUUGUGCUACUCGGCAGUCCCUGAUUUAUUUUGUUGAUGGAACAAGAACCACGAUGAUUUGGUUUAAAUUAAUCGUAUUUCAGCACUGGCUGCUGGCAGGAGCUUGUUAACCUGCCCUCCCCAAACAGCAUCUCUGCUGCACAGCCUCGGUUUGUACAGAUCCCACAUUGCUUACAGGUGUUUCAACACCUCCAGCACAACCUCACAGGUCUUUGGGUCUUUUAGAAAUAUAAUUUCUUGUCCUGUUUUUGAGGUCUUCAUCCCCUCCUCACUGAUGUCCAGGCAGCUCCCCCUUCUCCCCACCCUCGUGCCAGUGAAAGGCAAACCCAGCAGCACAAGUUCAGGUUUUGAGUCAUUCUCCUGGAACAGGCUGAAUUAAUGCUCCCAGUUAGUCUCUCUGCAUUAGAUCAGUGUUUAAAUGCACACAAGUAGGAAUUACUCGAUGAAGGGUGAAAUGGGUGAGUGUUCAGGCUGCAGCUGAAGCGUUCCUCUGCUCUGAGCUCCCGUUCCCUAUCAGAUGGAAACAGAAUGAAUGCUGCUCCAUCAGUGUGAGGUUUUGUUUGCUUCUCCCCCAAGCAGAAAUGAUCCAAUUUUUCAGUGAUCAUCCCCAUGCAAAUCUGAGCAUCUGAGCUUCUGUCCCAUUACCCCCUUACAAGACAGGGGCCUAUUGCUACCUUGUAAAACCAGAAACAUCCCACGGCUUUAAACCAGAAAUCUGCACUACACACUUAUUUUUAAUGUGUCUAAGAUAAUUUCUGUACUACUUUAAUGGAAAUAAAGUUGAUUUAAUUUUGUGAUCUGUGUAGCGAUCAAAAUCCAUCUGUUCAGACCUAUGAAACUUACCCAGGAGCUGAAUUUCAUCUUUCUUAUGAAGUUUUCCAUAAAAAUUAAACAAGUUCAGAGGGGGAUACAGUACUUCUCCUCCCCCCCAAAAAGGAACAGGCAAGGAAACAAGAGAAACCAAAGGCAGCAGCUCCUCCCUCCCCACACCUUCCUCCACUUCAAAUGUCCCAGAUGCUAAAAUUGGUGCUGGGCUUUGCUUUUUAAGGCACCACAUUAGCAGGAUGCUUAGAGAUAAUUUCAGAAUCAGCUGGAAAUUCAGCAUUUCACAUCUUGUGUAAAAAUCUUCUGAGAGGCAUCUAGGGAAAGGCAGCAGGAGCUUUGAGUGGUAUAACCAGGCCUCAGAUGGGGUGAAACACUGUUGUACGCUGCUGUGUGAGCACUGAGAAGCUAGGGCUGCCAUCUCCCAACCACUCCUUUGUAAAAAGCCAAACAAAACCCACCCCAUUUUUCUUUUUACUAAUGAAAACACUAGUAAGUGAACUAUUCUACCAGCUUAGCAACCCAAGAUUACAGAGUCCUAGAUGCAUUGUGUUUAAAUUGUUUCAAGAGCCAAUUUCUGGUGGGAGGGGGUGUGAGUAAUGGAGUAAAACAAGUGCAGUGUACAGAAGCAUUUUGUUAUUAAAAUUGUGUA